CAGCUAGCGGUAUGACGCCACUAGUCAAAGCACUCCGAACCUGAAGCUUUAUCGAUUAGGGUGGGGUAAUAGAAUAAAGGGUCUUUAGGUACAGGUAGCUAGCCUAGCCACUAGGUUAGGUACCUAAACGUUAGAGAUAGGCCUAGAACAAAGCAAUAUAAUGCAAAUGAUUUUACGAAAGCUUGUCGUUUCUGCGUUGGUUUUUUCUCUUUUUCUCUCUUUUCCUUUUUUCCCCUAUUCCUCAUUGCUCCCUAGAAAUAUAUCUCCAUUCAUAUUAUCAUACGCCUAUGCCUAUACAUAUCUCCUGACCCGGCCGCUCUUUACACCAAACUCCAACAUGAUUAUUUCCCAGUGUAUGUAUUUCAUAUAUCCAAGAUCGUAAUUCAUGGCACCGCUUCAUAUCCCCCUUUUUCU